CGUCAUCCCGUGCGUUAGUAGUCACGAGCUGAUGAACUAUGCGCGAGCUGCUGACAGUUGCUGCGUAACAUUCAAGCUAAUGGAUUUUCGUCGAGAGUGAUGGGAGUUGAACAAACUUGAAACUUUUCGGUUUUAGUCUUUGUUCAGCACGUUCACCAGGAUGCGGAUGACCUUUGAGGCGUCGAGCAGCGUGACGCUGCUGUUCAGCUUCUGGGACGUGCACGGCCCUGCAGGAAUGAUCCUGUCGGUGCUCAUCGUCUUCCUGCUGACCGUCUUCUACGAAGUCCUCAAAGUUUGGAGGGUGUGGCUGGGGAGCAGGUCCAAACUGGUCCCAGCUGCGCCGUCUGACGCCUCGUCCUGCAGCGAGAGCUGUCCCCCCGAGGCCUCGCUGAGCCCCGCAGAGCCCCCGUCUGACACCAGAGGGUCCAGAAACAGCUGGUUGCUGCACGCCGCCCAGACGGCGCUCCACGUGCUGCAGGUGACCCUGGGCUACAUGCUGAUGCUCUCCGUCAUGACCUACAACACCUGGAUCUUCCUCGGAGUCAUCGCUGGUGCCGGUGUCGGUUAUUUUGUCUCGUUCCCCCUCAUACACCGGCCGGCGCCGUACUCUGUCAAAGACUGAUUCAUCCUCUGGGACGAGCCGAUGACUCACCUGGACGUGGUUUUACAACACGGGACAGUUCAGAGGUCGUAUGAUCUCCACGCCCGGCUGCGAUUCUUCGUUUUAAGCUGCUGAAUUAUAAAAACUCAUUUAGUGUCCCACAUGCCUGUAAAUGUCUCAGCUUGUUUUUAAGUCAGCUGACGAGACAAAAAGAUGCAUUUCACUGACACAGCUAAAAAAAACUUUUAUUCAUGUUUUUAUUUUUUACACACUAACGUUGGAAAUUGUACAAUAAAUAAAUGAUCGCAAGUUUGAACGUUGAGGAAUUAAAGGGUUGAAGCCAAA